CCAACCUACUAACAUUUAAAACCAAUAAAACUUGUUUAUAUUCCGGGUUUAUUUUUGUUGUUCCGGACAAGAAUUCCUGCAUUAUUUUUAAUAAAAACUUGGUUACUAGAGUGCUAAAAAUACAGUGUUAAGUGUUUUUCUUUAUAGUACCCUGACUUUUACUGUUAUUUAAGAAUGUUAAAUUAAUAUUGUAUAUAAAAUGGUGAUGGAAUCAAAAACGACAAGCAAAACAAGCUGCUUAAAAAAUUUAUUACUUCGAGCAUGGAGAGAAAGAUGGACUGAUCUGCAAUGGGGCAUUAACAUCAAAACAGUUUUACCAAGGGGAGUCAGUGGUGAUGUAUACAACUUGGCUGAUUGCAUACUACAACAAGCCGUUGUGGGUGCAGGAGCCAACCAAUUAGUUUUAAGCUAUCUACAACAUUCUUUAAGCUCACAACUUGUGUCUCAUGCAGCAGUUUUGCAGAGAUUAAGCAAAUACAAUCAGUUAUCAAAAGUACAUUGUGUUUACAGUCUUUUGGAGUUUCUAGAGGGUAUGUUGCCAGGAGUUACAUGCUGUGGGAAACCUGAAGAGACGGUUCUGGCUACUGCUGUAAUGUCAACUGCUUUGUGGUUGGUUAAUAUUUUACAGCAAUGCAAAACUUCACCACAGUUGCUAUUAAAAGCCAGUUCUUUACUUCAAACACUGAUGACUGAUGAUUUUUAUGUCUCAAUGAUGUGUUUGGCAAGAUAUAAUGACCCAGAGUUGUUUACAGAGACCAGUAGACAUUGUGCCGAGCUUUUAUCCACUGAUAAUGUCACUGAGGAUACAUUUAAAUAUGUCAGAAAGUUGGAAAGCAUUGAUACAAAUAUGCUCUGUCUUCCAGUGGAAAGUGAGAAAUGGCCUGGUUCAUUAAUACAGUAUUGGUUGAUAGUAAAACUCAUUGGAAAUCCUUGUGCUUCCACAGCUGUUCUAGUAGAACAACUAAGACUAUUUCAAAUACUAAAAGGUUACAAUAACACAAGACUUUAUGCUGAACUAAUAAGAGGAAGUUUGUUAUCGUUAUACAACGUGACUAAAACUCCACAAGAGGGCCAAUGGGGGGCUGUAGCAUACCUUAAAGUCCCCUACAUCCUCAUGGAAUUAGCUGGCAAAACAGAUGGUAGUAGUGUUGUCAAUGCUGUUGAAGUUAUGCUGCAACACAGCCCUUUGUUAGAUGCAAUGGAUGCCAUAUUUUUGCUGUCAAGUUUAAAAUGUUUUCUUGAAGAGCUUAUUAAAGCCAGGCUUAUAACUGAGCCGCAGAUAAGGCAUAUAUUGGAGAAAAGGGAUAAUACAAUGGCAACAGAGGGGAAUAAGGGGAUACCCAAUGUUAUUAAAUGCGCUGAGUCUUCUUUAAAUGGAAUUCUUAAGACAUUUUCUACUGAUUAUCAGAAAAAUCAGGAUGCUUUAUUGGGUAUGCUUCAUCAAGUUCUAACAGGUAAAAGUUUGGAACUCAUUUUGGCUGUGGCCACAGUACAGGGCCAGAUAACACAUCUUGUAAAUCAACUAAUCAUUUUCAAUAAAAGAUCAGUAAAAGUAAACGACGAAAAACGAAAAGCUCUUCUUUUCGACAACACUUUCAUAAUUUUGGUUUCCAUUCUGCAAAAAUAUGGACUUUCUGUUUUAUCAAAAAGCGCAGGAGAUUCGCUGUUUGAGCAGUGGUUCCACAAUUGCAUGGUUGAAAAACAGAGACCCAAAGCUCCAGAACAAUUGCUUAGAUUAGGAGAUCCUGCUGUUAUUGAUGCCUUACUGCAGCAAUUUAAUGGAGGAGAUGUUAAUUUUACUUGUUCUAUGCAGGAUAUAUUGUUUAACAUUGGAGGAGUCAUGCACGAGGUUUUAGUGGCUUGGGAGCAAGGAGCUCUAGAUACAUCCGAAGUGAAAAAAAUCCUAGAUGCUGUAAGAGGUAAGAUGUGUUGCCUACCUGUGGCCGCUGCUGCGUGGUUGUGCGCCUACAUAAGAACAGCACCCCAAGAUACAUUGUUGAAACCCAUGAACAUGGUGCAGCAACUUCUUGCACCGCCAAUGGUGGAAGAAGAAUGUUUCCAAGACCGUUGGUUGUUGGCUUGCGAUAUUAUAAGGAAAAUGCAGCGCGAUGUGCAGCUGGCGCUUCAAACCAGAAGCAACCAUCAGUUGGUGUCCAAACAGCCUGCCACAGACCAAUUACAUCAAGUUUGGUUAUAUGGAAUCCAAAGAGGUUGGUUGGACUCAGACUCAGGAAGGACAGUUCACUGCCUUUUAGAAACAGCAGGUGCUAGAUGGCUAGUUUCAGCUGUUAUUCAGGAACUGUUAAAGCUGCGAUACAAAGAUCAGCUUCAGAGGGGUGUGGAUUUGGCCCUAGCUAUAUUCCAUGUUGACAUAGUGAGCUGUACUUUGCAGCUUCUAUCGCAUGUUCUACCACAAUUGCUCUACAAUGACUUGCAAGCGGAUUCUUUAAAAAAACCUCAGCUACCAUCAUUAGCCUGUUUGACCAGCUAUUGUGUUUAUACUGCUUGGGGAUCAGUUCUUGAAGAAAAAGAUGAGCCUGUUCCCAAAAUGCAAAGGUUGAACGACUCUGAAGAUGCUCACCACCUACAAGAUCAACUGAUCUCAUCCCUUAGACAACUCCUAAAUAUGUUUGAGCAUGGCAUACAAGAAGGCUCCAUAACGCAACAAACAUACUUCGCGUUUUACCUCAUAAAAGCUUUAGUCGAACACAAAACAAACUCUGCAGAAAUGGUUUUGGCUGCCAUUCCAACUGCGUUGACUUCAGAUUUAUUGAAAACACUGCCCGAGUUGUUCAGUUAUUCUUUGUUGUUACAUCUUCACAGUGUUUAUAACGCUCCUGGUAGAAUCAAUAUGGCAAAGGAUUUAUGUGUGCUAAGAAACCAUUAUUUGAGAAAUAUUCCCAAUCCUAAUACUAAUACCUAUAAUAUUAUUUUAUAAAUAAACCAUAUUUAAAAAAAA